ACGUUUCACAGAUUUCGUUUAACUAUUGGGCCUUGUUCUUGAGGGCGAAUGGUGAUCUCGUUCCGAUCAUUUGUUUCCUUUCCCGACGAAAUAAUCAGGUGCUGUGAAUUGGGCGAAAUGGAUCUGUAGAUGUAGCAUUCGGCUGCAUCUUUCUGUCUUUGGUGUCUUUCGGUCUCGGAGCUUAGUUUCUUUGAGAACAAUGGCGAGGAUUGAGACUUUUUAUAUCUAUUAAUGAUUAUUCGGGGACAAAGACUCUGGUUUCUUUCAACCAGCAUCCGGUUUUGAGCUGGGCGCCUUCUUGGGAGGGAAUUCAUUCUCUUCCUUAUCCAUCUCAGACGUUGGCUGCAAACACGUCCUCCUUUUUGUUCAUUAUUUAAUGUCACGGAAGUUGGACAGUCCAGUUCAAACACAAAUGGCAGUUGCAGCACUCAAGAGCCCACUCAGCAGGGAUUACCGCACGAAAAAUGGAAUCGAAGAAAAACAGCCCGUUGGAAGGAGACAAGUUUUUGUGCAAACUGACACGGGAUGUGUUCUGGGAAUGGAACUGGAUCGCAAUGACAAUGCUCAUACGGUGAAAAGGAGGUUGCAGCUUGCCCUCAAUAUUCCUACAGAGGAGAGCUCGCUGACAUUUGGGGAUGUGAUACUAAAGAAUGAUCUUAGUGCCAUACGAAAUGAUUCUCCUCUCCUUCUCACAAGAAAUCUUUUGCACAGAAGUUCAUCUACUCCAUGCCUCUCACCCACUGGGAAGGAUCUCCGACUCAGAGACCAGAGUGGUCCUAUUGAGAUAUUAGGGCAUUCAGAUCGUUUUGCUGGCACAAGACGGUUGGUCAAAGAGAUUGUGAAAGCAAUUAAGCUGGGUAUUGAUCCAAUUCCUGUUCACAGUGGCCUUGGUGGCGCUUAUUACUUUAGGAAUGGUAAAGGUGAAAGUGUCGCAAUUGUGAAGCCAACUGAUGAAGAACCUUUUGCACCAAAUAAUCCAAAAGGUUUUGUUGGUAAAGCUCUUGGACAACCUGGGUUUAAACGUUCUGUGCGCGUUGGGGAGACUGGAUUCAGAGAAGUUGCGGCCUACCUUCUUGACUAUGAGCAUUUUGCAAAUGUGCCUCCGACAGCCUUGGUGAAGAUCACUCACUCAAUCUUCAACGUGAAUGACUGGGUGAAUGGAAACAAGCCUCACAAGAAAAAGUCUGUUAGUAAAAUUGCUUCUUUCCAACAAUUCAUUCCACAUGAUUUUGAUGCCAGUGAUCAUGGGACUUCUAGCUUCCCAGUCGCUGCCGUUCAUCGUAUAGGUAUUUUAGAUAUUAGGAUUUUUAAUACGGAUAGACAUGCUGGGAACCUCUUAGUUCGGAAACUUGAUGGGAUUGGAAGUUUUGGUCAAGUGGAGCUGAUUCCUAUAGAUCAUGGUCUUUGUUUGCCUGAAACUUUGGAGGAUCCGUACUUUGAGUGGAUUCAUUGGCCUCAAGCAUCAAUCCCAUUUACAGAGGACGAACUUAAGUAUAUAGAAAAUCUUGAUCCGAUCAGAGACUGUGAGAUGCUUAGGAUGGAGCUCCCCAUGAUUCGUGAAGCUUGUCUUCGGGUUUUGGUACUGUGUACAAUUUUUCUGAAGGAAGCUGCUGCUUCUGGUCUCUCUCUUGCUGAAAUUGGUGAGAUGAUGAGCAGGGAGUUUCGUAGUGGAGAGGAGGAACCCAGUGAACUUGAGCUAGUAUGUCUUGAGGCUAGGCAGAUUAUAGCAGAAAGGGAGUUCUCUUCUCCCAUUUACGAUUGGGGCAAUGAGGAAUUCCAGUUUGACUUAGACUAUGAGGAUGGAGAAUUAGAUUUUAACUCAAGUAUGGCAGCGGAUCAGUGUUUGGGCUGGUCACAUUACCAGUUUGGACUUGGACGCAAUCCACUCUCGAAGUUGGAGGAAAGCAUUGAGGAGGAAGGAGGAGAAAGUGGAGGGGAAGAGCAAGGAGAAGCGACCACCUUUCCACCUUAUGAACCGAUCCCUCCUGUAUCAAAGCUUUCAAUGUCUCUCAAGAAUACCAUACUCGGUGAGAAGAGCCAGAAACACCACAAGUUCCAGGGCACAAAACCAGAAUAUGGAUAUAUUACCAACACAUCUGCGGGGCACAGGAGUGCAAAUGAGCAGUUUCCUCCCAGUGCCAGCUUUGUGAAGCUUGGUGAUAUGAACGAGGAAGAAUGGUCACUGUUUCUGGACAAAUUUCCAGAGCUGCUCCGCCCAGCAUUUGCUAAACGCAAAGCUGCGGCGGCUCUCGGGCCGAGGCAGAGACAGAGACUUGGCACUUCCUGCCAGUUUUGAGAUAUAUGAGGCUGAGGUUCCUCAAUGUGUUGCUGUGAUAGAGAGCAUUAUAGAUUAUAUAAUAGCAUUAGAAUUAUGGAAGUGAUCAUCGACGACUCAGUAUAUUAGGAUUGGCUUGCAUUAUGGGUUUUAAUCCUCAAAAUGGGGCUCCUGGUUGGAGCUCUAGUAAGAGGAACUUGCUGUAUAUAUUCUUCUCAUCAGCUAUGUGAGACCAGCUGAGUAGAAUUGUUUGUAUUCCUUGGUAUUUUCCCCCUACCCCUUCCCCUUUUGACUUGUGAAACUUGUUUGAUAAAUAAUUUGUAUGCGACUUAAAACCCUGAAAAAGGUGCAAUGUAAAUAGGGUACCCUAUGUUCCGUACCUGCUUUAAUUUUAUUCUUUCAGUUCAGCCA